UUCUAGAACUUCCUCGGUUGCUUGUAUAAAUAGAUAGAUUGUAUUGUUUUAUUGUUUUGAUUCUCUCAUAAGCAUUUCUUCUUCUUCUUUCCUUUUGUGUUAACACACAUUUUUCUUUCUUUCGCUCGUCAAUAACAUGGCACAGUCCAUACUCAUGCCUGGAAGAAGCUUCACAAUGUCCAGAAAUCAAGCAAGAAACAAAGAAACCAGAAGCAAAAAUCAAAAGAACCCAGAAAAAAAAAUCAAAAGAAACCCCAUAAACUCCACCAUUUCUUCUACCCAUGAAUGGCCAACAACACCCAUCGCUAAAAAGAAGAAGAAUUUCACACCAUUUAGGUGUGUGGGUUGCAGGGAAACUUCACAACUCUCUGUCCCUGCACCAAUUGCUGAUAGCCAAUCCAAGAAGAAGAAGAAGAAGCUGAGAACCAAAACCCUUAAUUUUUUUGAUGGUGAUUUUGAUGAUUUUGUUGUUUCAAGAAAACCCCAUUCUUCUAAAGGGAGAGUUGAUGCUGACAAGAUUACGCCCAAGGAGCAGUCUAUGCAAAGAAUGGUGACAGGCUCAGAAGACUAUCCUGUUCUUGAUACUGCAACUCUGGAAAGGCCACACUCGCGAGCAGAUUGGUUUGGAUUUGGGCAUCAUUCUCAUUUUGAUUUUUCUGAAGGGCUUUCUGAGUUUGUGAUGCUUCAGAAUAGUUUUAUGGGAGGAAGAACAGAUUGUCCUGAUCGAUACCGAAGCUUGAGGCUUAAUGUGGAUAACAUGUCAUAUGAGGAAUUGGUGGAACUCGGUGAUAGAAUUGGAUAUGUGAGUACAGGAUUGAAAGAAAACGAGAUAACUCAAUGUGUUAGGAGAACAAAGCCCGUCUCUUUGAAUAAUUUCUCUCAUUUACACACAGUAGUGGAGAAAAAUUGUAGCAUUUGUCAGGAAGAAUAUGAGGCUGAUGAUGAAAUGGGCAAGCUGGGUUGUGGACACUUUUAUCAUAUCGACUGCAUAAAACAGUGGCUUAUGCACAAAAAUAACUGUCCCGUCUGUAAAUCUGUUGCCAUGUCAACCUGUUGAUUUUCGUAUUCCUUUUGUAUAUAGCCUUUGUGCAUCCUGAAACUGAUGGCUCUUUUGUUCGGACAGCAGUUCAAUAUGAGACUUGCUGAAACAAGGUGGUUCACAAUCUUCAAUUGUACAUAACUCUAUCAGAUAAUGAACUUUUAAGCGUGAUGUUGAUUUG